AUGUGGAAUGAGAAGUCACGGAGCGACAAUGUCGACCUGGAGAACAACAAACCCGCAGCCGACCGGGAGCUCGAGGGCAACGAUAAUGACCGGCCAACAGUCGCUCAAGAGCCGUUGCCGCAAAAUCCCACGGAUGGCGGUGACGACGACAGCGACGCCGAGAGCGUGGGCGGGCAGCGCAGCACCAUGACGACGCGGCAGCUGCUGCUCGCCUUUCCCGCCCUCUCCAUCUCGCUCUUCGUCUCCUUUAUCGACCAGACCAGCGUAUCGACCGCGAUACCGGCCAUUGCCGAGGACCUCGACACGGGCGCCGCCACGUCGUGGAUCGGGGCCUCGUUCCUCAUCGCCUCGACGGCAUUUCAGCUGAUCAACGGCCGUCUUUCCGACAUCUUUGGGCGCAAGAAUCUGCUGCUCGUGUGCCUGGGCCUCAUGGGCCUCGGCGAUUUGCUCUGCGGCUUUGCCAAAACCAAGGAGCAGCUGUUUGCCUUUCGCGCCAUCGCGGGCGUGGGCGGCGGCGGCAUCAACAGCAUCGUCAUGAUCAUCGUCAGCGACGUCACCACGCUCGAGAACCGCGGCAAGUACCAGGGCGUGCUCGGCGCCAUGAUCUCGCUCGCCAACGGCGUCGGGCCCUUCAUCGGCGGGGUGGUGGUCGAGAAGGCCAACUGGCGCUGGGUGUUUUGGAUGGUGCCGCUGCUCGCCGCCCCGACCGCCGCCGUCAUCUUCUUCUUCCUCACCCUGCGGCACCACGACGACAGCAGCUACCUGGACAAGAUCAAGCGCAUCGACCACGGCGGCAUCGUGCUGAACCUGGCAUCGGUGCUUUUGGUUCUGGUUCCACUCUCGGGAGGAGGCGUCACCUACGCUUGGGGGUCGCCGUUCCUGAUCGGAACCCUCGUCGCCGGCUGCGUCCUCGCCGUGGGCUUUGUGCUGUACGAAUGGAAGGUCGCCGCGAUGCCCAUCAUGCCGCUGCGGCUCUACCGCUACCCGCACUGCUCGUACCUGUACGCGCAGACUUUCCUCACGGGCAUGGCCUACUUUGGCGCCUUCUUCUACCUGCCAAUCUACUUUCAGUCCGUGCUCGGCAACGGGCCUCUCCUCUCGGGGGUCCUCCUGCUGAGUCUCGUCAUCACCUCGUCCGCCUCCUCGAUCCUCUCGGGCUUGUUCAUGGCACGCAAGGGCCGCUACAUGUCGUGCAUCCUGGUCGGGUUCGCCCUGUGGACGCUGGGCAACGGCCUGACGCUGAUGUUCGACCGGUCGACGGCGGCGGGCGCGCUGGUCGGCAUCCUGAUAGUGCAGGGGUUCGGCACGGGCCUGACGCUGCAGCCGACGCUGGUCGGCAUGUACGCCAACUCUGCCAGCCGGGACCGCGCCGUGACGACGGGCCUGCGCAACUUCAUCCGCACCAUCGGCGGCGCCUUUGGCCUCGUCGUCUCGGGCGCCAUCCUCAACAACACCCUCAACCAGGAGCUGUCGGGCCGCCCGGGGUUCUCUGAAGAGACCAUCGCGAGCUUGACGUCGUCGGCCUACACCAUCGAUGCGCUGGGCCUGCCCAGGGAGGAUGUGGACCUCGUGUUGACCGUGUACAUGCGCGGGCUGCAUUACAUCUUUGUCUUUUUCACAGUAUGCUCCGCACUGAGUCUAUUGUUGACCUUUGGUGUGGGUAACACGGAUCUCAAGGCCAAGGCCAAAGCUCAGGCAGAUGGGGGCGAAAAGUCGGCGGCACAGCAGGAGGAGACUACACCGAGUUUUACAGCGGCCUCUCGGCCCGGCAGCUCUCUAGAACAGUCCCGGGGAUGA